AUGAGCCAAAUUUUUAUCAGGAAGAGUAAGCUUCAAGGCAUCUCUAACAUAUUGCUAGCUAAUGUUACGCCAUGGUGUUCUCAUAUAAGUCACAUCAGGAGAUAUACUACUAACAUUGAAACUCUCAAAGAAGAAGUGGAUUCCAGGGAACAUGAUGAUUCUGCUUCAACAACUGGAGUUUUAGAUUACAAAAGAGGCAAGGAGGUUGUGAUGUAUUUCGACCAUGUUUAUCCUUUGUCAUUCUCUAGAUGGAAACAGUAUUUGCAAUAUAUGCUUCCAUUACAACGAAAUUACAAUGAUGAUAAUUUGAAGAAACAAAUUCUUGAAUUAUCUAAUUCAGAUAGCAAUCCAUUGCACGCUUCCACGAGGAUAUUGGACUUCGUCCCUUUGAGAAGAGACGGUGGAGCAUUUGCAAAAUUUUCUGUUCCUCCUAAUGUCUCCACAGAUGAAUUUACAGCCCAAAUUAAAGAAAAUGUCAGAAAACAUGAAGCGAAGUAUAAUGAGAGAAUUUUAAAUAAGGUUUCCAAUAUGAUAUGGAAUCGUUUUCCAUAUUGCUAUAGUGUAAAGGGUACCCCUUGGAUCGAGGACUUGAGAAGAUUUCCGAGUCCGAAAUUGAAAGUAAUGUUCGAUGGACAACCAUUAAAUGAAGAAGAGUUAUACGUUCUUUUCAGAAGAUAUGGGUUAAUACUAGAUAUAAUACCAGCUUCUAGCACCGCCAGCUUUGCCACGGUUAUCUUUAAAAAUGUUAGAUCGGCAAUAUGUGCAAGAAACUGUGUCACUGGUAUUAUUUUGGAUCAAGAAAAAACAGUAUUACACUUGCAAUACAUUCCUGUAAAAAGAGUAAACUACAUUAACGAAUUCAUCUUUAAUCAUCAAAAGAUUUCGAUCCCCGUCAUUUUAGCAAUCUUGGCGACCGUGGCAGUUUUAAUAUUCGACCCCAUCAGAGAAUGGUUUAUUGAACAAAAAAUCACUCACAAGUUCUCCUUUGAAAAUUAUAAAGAUAAUAUGUAUAUCAGUAUUAUAUUUUGGCCAUUCAGGAAAGUCCAUAGCUUGAUCAAUAAUAGCUAUGACUAUAUUGAUGAGAAGCUUUAUUCGCAACCAGAAGAAAUUUCAAAUCUGAAUUAUAGGUCAACUGCUGAUGAGUCUAAUUUGAUGUGGAACGAAAGAAAAGAAAUGUCAAAGCAACUCAAGUUAUGGAUUUACGAAAAUGUCAAUACAUAUAUUAUUGUUUAUGGUCCUAAAGGUACAGGAAAGCAAGAGUUUGUCAUGGAUAACACUAUCCAACGGGACCCUAAACUCAGGCAUAAGACUCUUUAUAUUGAUUGUGAAAAGCUAGCCAAAUCAAGAACCGAUAAUGCUUUACUAAAAAGUACCGCCUCUGAAUUGGGAUAUUUUCCUAUUUUUACUUGGGUAAAUGGAAUCUCACAGUUUAUUGAUUUAGGCGUUCAGGGCCUUACAGGUCAAAAAUCUGGGUUCAGUGAGUCUAAAGAAACGCAAUUAAAGAAUAUGUUUCUGUUGGCCACCCAGGCUUUAAGAAAGGUUGCUUUAUCUGAUUAUAAUUGUUACAGAAACAAUAUUAUUAGGCAAGAGAAGAAAAGGAAAAGAGACCUGAACAUUUCCGACGAUCUUUCCUUAGACAGUGAAGUGCUAAAGGAGGAAGACUAUUUGCAGCAAUUUCCAGAGGUGAAACCCAUCGUCAUUAUUGAUAAAUACUCUAGUAAAAGCGAUUCCAAUAAUAUUCAUGGUAUGAUCGCUGACUGGACUUCCCAGUUAAUCCAGAGUAACUUGGCACAUGUUAUUUACAUCACAAAUGAUGUCGGCAGUCUUCAAUAUUUAAACAUCUCGUUGCCAAACCUCGUUUUUAAAAUGAUCGCCUUGUAUGAUGCUUCUCAGAGUAAUGCAAAGCUGUAUCUUUUGGAACAGUUGGGCAAUGACAUAAAUUCAGAGGAUUCUCUUGAUAUAUGCUUAGAGCCGUUAGGGGGUAGAAUGCUCGACCUUCAAGCUUAUAUUAGAAGGAUUAAAUCUGGCGAAUCACCUCAAGACGCUAUUAAGGAAAUGGUCGUUCAGGCAGCAGAGCAAAUCACAACGUUCUUUUUGAGUAACUCGAAAGCAAAGUCAGAUGAAACUUGGAACACUUCGCAAGUUUGGGUAAUUAUGAAACUUCUUUCAGAAAAUCACUCAAUUUCAUUUGAUGAGCUUACUAAAUCAUCGCUUUUUAAAGACGUGCAAGAGACUCAGGCCACAUUAUCAACCCUUGAAAAACAUGACUUGGUUUGUUUGCAGAAAGACAAAGGAAUUUUAAAUUCGAUAUGUUCUGGUAGGCCAUUGUUUAAAGCCGCAUUUAAAGAAUUAGUUAAUGACCCGAAGAUUUACAAGAUUUAUGAAACCAAUUACUUGAAUAAUUUAAUAUCUUUAGAAAAUAAAAAGAUCAUGCAAUAUGAAGAUGAGUUGCAUCGCAUUAGGAAUUUGAAGUUGGACACCAGGAGCUCGUAUGUGUUCAAUAAAAUCGAAUCCUCCAGCAAAAAUAUUAUUGAUUAUGAAAAUCAGAUAAAUAAUAUCGCUAGUCGUGGCCAAAGUAAAGGAAGCAGUUUUCUAAGUUUCAGGCUAUGA